AUGGCAAACAGCAACCCACCAUCCCACGAGCAACUCAAGAAGGAUCUCGAAAAAGAUGCCGAAAACACCAAAAAGAGAGCAUCUGCCGAUGCCAAAGAAGUGAAGGAACAAGGUCAAGCCAAGGCGCAAGAGUUGAAGAAGGAAGGAAAAGCCAAGGCACAGGAAUUGAAGAAGUCAAGCGAAGAAGAAGCUGAAGAUUUGAAGCAAGCUAGCAAGGAGUUGUAUGAAGCCGCAAGAGAAAGAGGCGAAGUAAUUUACGAUGCUGCUGCCGAAAAGGGACAAGAAGCCUAUGAUGCCAGUAGAAAGGAAUUGGAUCGUUUGGAAGAAGAGGGUAGAUCCUUGUUUUCCAGAAUCAGCGCAUCAAUACAAAGAGGUGCUCAACAAUUUGGCCAAUUUUUGCAAAAAUCAGGACAAAACGCUCAAAAUUGUGCUUCACAAGCUGUAUCUAGAACCGCCGUUGAAUUGCAAAACCCAGUUGUCGUAACUCAAUUGUUUGUAAUUGCCGGGGGUGCUGCCGCUGGAUACUUGGGUUACUUAGAGAGAUACAGAAUUAGAAGCGACCACAACCUUGUUGUUGGUAUCCAUGCUUCCGUCAUCACCGGCUUGGUCUUACUUGACGGCUUUUUGUUCUCCAAGUUCUACCCACAAUACGACAGAAAGAGAACCACCACAACUAAAUAG